AUGGCAACUAGAUUAGCCGCAUGUGAACCUUGCAGAAGGUCCAAGCUUGCGUGCGAUCAUCAACAGCCAGUUUGCAAUCGGUGUAGGGAUGGUAACCGACCGGGUCUUUGUAUCUACAGGAGUGCGCCGUUCAAAAGACGAAAGACUAGCAAUGCGGUGACAGAGCAUACAUCUUCUCGUCAGUAUGAUUUCCCUUUCUUAGUCUCUCCAGACCCAUCACCCCCAGCAUCAUCUCCACCUCAUGCAGGAGGAAAUAGAUAUCCCAACCCAGGAUAUCUUGGGUCGUCCAGCCAUGUCGCCAUAUUCAAACAUAUUAUUUCAUCAGAUAGUCAAAGUGCUACAUCUCAUUCGAGCCCUAACACCGCUUCGUGGACAGCAUCUCUCUUCCCGCCUGACGAUGAUCUCGUCGUCCAGCGAUGUGCAGAUGCCCUCAAAAUGCUCCUGACGAGGUUUUCCUUGCCUGCUAUGAAAGAGCUAGUAAAGCUGUGGCGGGCAAGGGGAACGAAUCUGGCAAUUAUGGGUGCUAUGGUUGAUCAAUGUGUUGAUAACAUUCCCCUACCACCCUCAUCAACAAACGAAGAUUGGCAUCUGCUAUAUGCGAAGUCUCUUCUCACUAACUCUUCCCAGCCGCUCAGAUACUCUCAGUACUCUACCUUUUCCGAGUUCUGUGCUCAGUUUAUUAAUCAGAAUAUGCGAUGGGAAACACUCGCAAUCUUCCUCUCAGCUGUGGUCCGCGCCACUAUGGAUAUUCAGUUCUUCCCGUCGCUGUAUACGACCGAGGAGAAGAAGUAUAGCCUUAGGAAGCUAUGCACGAGAUUAGCGGACUAUGCUCUGGAAAUUACCAUCUCUCUCGACUGUUUGAAUGACCUCCAAGUCUGCUUACAGUAUGAGAACUUCAUCGUGCAUUCCCAUGUAGACGGGGACCAUAGCUACUAUUCGUGGCGAAAGCUCGGAGAUGUUAUAUCCUCAAUAUAUGCUCUAGGCUACCAUGAGAAUCUCGAUGAAAAGCCCGAUACACCUCGCUUCUUGACCGAGCUACGCAAAGCUGUCUUUGCCCGCGUGUAUUCGGCGGACAAAAAUGUUGCCAUCUUUGUCGGUCGACCGCCUCGCAUGAAUAGACAGUUCUGCUAUUUCCAGAUUCCAUCAAGUCCGCUUCCCGAUGACGUUUGGUUUAUCUCCUCUGACAAUCCGGACGGGGUCGAUGCUCCUUUCAGCUGGGACCCGUCGACUAAAGCGAGCUAUAUGGCUGAGACUCGAUGGACUGCAUUGUGUGCUGGGGUAAAAGAGGAUAUACUCAACUUGCAGAGGAGCCGACCUAGUGAUAUAGAACUUUUCUAUCAACGGGUUGCCACCUUCGAACGCGACUUCAUCGGCUCAGUGCAGCUGAAUCACUUGCACGCGCUCUUUCUGCUGAAUCUCCUCCUGCUAAGUACUCCUACUGAGCCAGAUCCCACCCUCGUGGACAUUGCCGAACAGAUUCUCUCGGUAACAGUGGACAUGGUUCUCUUACGUGACCAACUUACAAACUCUGGAACAUGUCUCCUGUGGAAGGUCGCCUAUCACUGUCUCCCCGCUGCGGGAAUCCUCCUCCUCGCCCUUCUCAAUGAGCGGGCCACUCCCAGCAUGCCCCGUAUAACACGACCCCGAACACUCCAGCACCUGACAAUCCUCGCUGCGGAGAUUCAAGCCGGAUCGAUCAUUCGGCCUCAAGAACCCAACUAUGAGCUAAUGUCCAAGGCCAUGCAAACGAUCCAGAGCUUCCUGGAUUCAGUCACUUCUGAGCUCAUGCACCCUGUGUCAGACAUGACACCUCGCAGUCCGAACCUUAUCGAAUGGUCCAGCUUUCCUUACCAGCAAUCCUUAGACUUUGAGAUUGGAUUCUGGGAGAGUCUCGCUGACCAUCCGCUACUGAGCUUCCAAUCUGGGCUUAUGGCACCGGAGUAA